AUGGCCACCCCUAAGCUGGACGCCGGCCCGCUGUACGGCUUCGCCAUCAGCGGCAUCCUCCUCCCCGAGAAGUCGACCAUUCACCAGUGUUCGCUCUUCAUCAGCGAGUUCCUCUCCCACGGCCGCAACAAUGAGCUCUUCCACAAGGCCAUCGCCGAGCGCUUCGACCUGCUGGUGACGCAGAUCUUCGCCGUCAUCGGCGGCACCUACGGCUCGCCCAGCUUCGCCGUCGACUACAUGGUGGACAUCAUCAUGGCGCUCAACUCCAAGUACUCGGACAGCUUUGCGCGGGCGCUCAACGCCGUCGUCGAGGCGGAGGCCUUUCCCAGCGCCUGUGUCAGCCGCGAGCACAAGGUCGCCUUUGUGAAGACCAUUCUCUCGCUGCGGAAUAACAAGCGCAAGAUGAAGGACAUCGUCAAGGAGUUUAGCUCGAGUAUGGUUCAAACAAAGAAGGCAUCAUCUGAGGCCAGAAAAAAGGCCAAAGCAAAGCCAGCGACUUCAGUCAGCGAAGAAUCUGCAAAUCAACUAGCAGUGAGCCAGCUCACGCAGCGGUUUGACUCGCUCUGCGCCAGCUAUGAUCAGUUUAUAAUUCCUAAUGAGGAGAAGUCAGAGGAGUUUAAAGAGCUGACCAAGUCGCUUUACGAGUUUGGCCAAAAUGCCGCUAAAGCCUCGGACUCGUUAUUGUCUUUUUCAAAGUCUUCACAAACAUCAUUCAAACCACUGAAGAGCCUUUUCGUGAAAGGCUUCGAUAAUGAACAAAUAUGGCAACAGCUGAACGUCUUUAACAGUCCCUUCAUCGACAGUUCAGUGAAUGAAAUAUCUUCUCUUGCAUCGAAGCGAGCCGUGUUCACUCUCAACAUUGAAACAAAAUCUAAAUCAAAGAGUCCCGUCGUGACUCAGGAAGAGGCGGUAAAGAGCAUUCUUAAGGCCAGUAAUACCAAAGAACCUGCAGAGAAGAAGGAACAACAAAAAGUAAACGGCAGAAAGGUCAAAUUUAGCCUCUCUGACGAUGGUGACGAAUCAGCUGGAGAUGGUGAUCAGGAGAGAAAUUCACAUCAGGCAGUGGACUUUUUCAAUAAAGAUGAAAUGGAAGCAUUUCUUGACGCUGAGGACCGCAAGGCGAUGGAUGAUGAUCCUGACAAAAAGAAAGACGAUGACGAUGAUGACAUUGACUACUUUGCGGACAUUCCCUCUGACAGCGACGAAGAGGAUGGGGAGAAUGAGGAACGGGGCAUGUACUCCAGCUUCUUCGACGAACCUAGUGAAAAAGCCUUGAAGAAGAAAAAGAAAGACGACAUAAGAUUCGGAAGCGAUGAUGAUGAUGAUGAUGAUGAUGAUGACGAUGAUGAGGAGGAGGGCGAUUUUGACGACGAGGAGCUGGAAGAAGGUGCUGGUGACGAUGACGAGGAGGAACUCGAUACGAGAGACUUUGACGACGAAGACCUGGCCGACGACGACGACGAUGUCGAAAUGAGCAAUCACAUCCUCGGCGCUGCGUCCGAUUCCGAUGAAGAUGAGGAGGGGUCUUCAGCGAACAACAAGGACGACCCGAUCACGCGCAAGCUGCGGGCGCUGGCCAAUGAGGACCUGAACUCGGACCGCCUCGAUGCGGACGACCUGCAGAGCAAGUCGGAGUUUGAGCGCAGUCAGCUGCUGCUGAAGCGGCGCAUUCAGAAGGCCGAACGGGAGCUACUCCAUCCGUCCAAUCUGCACUGGCAGCUGGCGGGUGAGACCACCGGCGACGUCCGCCCGGAGAACAGUCUGCUGGAGGAGCACCUGCAGUUUGACCACGUCUCGAAGCCGGCGCCGCUCAUCACCGACCAGACGACGCUCAGUCUGGAGGGGCUGAUCAAGCAGCGCAUCAAGGACGGCGCCUUCGACGACGUCGAGCGGAAGGAGAAGCCCACGGAGCAGCCGUUUGAGUUUCGCCGGCGCAUCCUCCUCGAGUCGGAGAAGAGCAAGGUCGGCCUGGCGGAGGUCUACGAGGCGGAGUACCUCAAGAAGCAGCAGCAACUGAAGGAGCAACAGGAGGGCGGCUCGCUCGGCUUUGCCGCCGCCGGUGAGCAGGAGGAGACGGAGACGCGAAAGGAGGUCCGGCGAAUGAUGCGCGGCCUCUUUCGCAAACUGGACGCCCUGUCGGCCUUCCACUACACGCCCCGUCCGCCCGAGGCCGAGGUGAAGAUCAUCAACAAUCUGCCGGCGAUCACCGUGGAGGAGGUUACCCCGGACACGGUCAGCGACAUGAAACUGCUCGCGCCGGAGGAGGUCUUUAGCACGCGCGGCAAAAAGGUGCUCCAGGCGCCCGGAGAGCGGUCGGCCACUGAUCGCAAGCGGGCCCGUCGGCUGAAGAAAAAGAAGCAAUCGGUGAAGCAGACGAUGCUGGAGCAGAAGGCGAAGCUGAAGCAAGUUGGAAAGGCCAACAAGGCGGAGAUUGAGCUGCUGAAGACGGCGGCGAAGAAGGGCUCUAAAAAGGGAGCAGCCGAGGCGAAUGGCGGCACCUUUGACAAGAAGGCCCUCUCCUCGUCUACCAAGUUCUUUGAACGUCUGCAGGAGUCCAAGGAGACGGGCAAGGUGGUGAAGCGUAAGAAGGCNAGAAGCAAUCGGUGA